GCGUCGAAUGGGAGAAUCCAUCUUGAAGAGAGCUCUCCGUCUCCGUGUGACCAGUAAGCGGCAUUUCAAGCAUCCAUCACGCUUGUUUUCAUAAUUGUAUUAUUCUGUUAAAGGAAUCGUAGUAGUCCAACCAUGUCGGACACUGAGCAACAGUUCAUGGAGACAUCGGAGAACGGUCACGAAGGGGAGCAGGAGGAGGAAUAUAACGGCGGGGCCGCGCACACCGAGGAGGGGAACGGAGGCGAAGCGGUGGAAGAGUGCGAGGAGGGCGCCGGGCCCGAAGCCUGCGGCGCGGAGGAAGCGACGGACGGCGACUCUCAGAACGGAGCGUCGGAAGGCGGCCAGAUCAACGCCAGCAAGGGCGAGGAGGAUGCAGGGAAAAUGUUCGUCGGGGGUCUCAGUUGGGACACUAGUAAGAAGGAUCUCAAAGAUUACUUCUCUAAAUUUGGCGAGGUGACUGACUGCACCAUUAAGAUGGACCAGCAGACCGGGCGAUCAAGAGGCUUUGGCUUCAUCCUCUUCAAAGAAGCAGCCAGUGUAGAAAGGGUCUUGGAACAGAAGGAACACCGACUAGACGGCCGACAGAUUGACCCCAAGAAGGCCAUGGCGAUGAAGAAGGAGCCGGUGAAGAAGAUCUUCGUAGGCGGCCUCAACCCAGACACAGAGAAAGACGUCAUCCAGGAAUACUUUGGAACCUUUGGAGAGAUUGAGACAAUCGAGCUUCCGCAGGACCCAAAGACGGACAAGAGGAGGGGAUUUGUAUUCAUCACGUACAAGGACGAGACCCCGGUUAAGAAGGUUUUGGAAAAGAAAUUUCAUAACGUCAGCGGCAGCAAGUGUGAGAUCAAAAUAGCUCAGCCCAAAGAGGUGUACCAGCAGCAGCAGUACGGAGGGCGCGGCGGGGGCAGUGGAUAUGGUGGGGGUCGCGGCAGGGGUCGCGGAGGCCAGGGGGGGCAGAACUGGAACCAGGGCUACAACAACUACUGGAACCAGGGCUACAACCAAGGCUACGGAGGCUACGGACAGCAGGGCUACGGAGGCUACGGCGCCUACGGGAACUAUGACUACUCGUAUUACGGCUAUGGGGGUGGCUAUGACUACAACCAGGGCAAUACAAGCUAUGGGAAAACUCCAAGACGUGGAGGCCACCAGAGUAGCUUCAAGCCAUACUGAUCACAUGUAGUGCAGGUAUGCAUUUUUUGCAUCAUCUACGGUAAUGACAACCUAGCUGUAACCAUUAGUGCCUUUUUGACUCAAAAUUUCUCCAUCUAGUCUAAAUCCAUUCAAACAUUGUGUUGGAAAGGGGCGGGGUCAGGGUUUGCUGUGCCUCGGGGGGUCAGUAAUCAUUAACGAUGGAUUCAUUCCAUGUGCCAACCAUUUUAAGAUGCAUCCCUACAAACACUACUGGAUCAAUAAGGGUUGAGAUGGUGGUGGUGGUUUAGAUUCAAAGAUCGAGGGGCCCUUUUCAGUGGGGGUGCUAGGUGUGGCAGCUAGUGGCCCCUUUCCCCCCUCUUUCUGUGUGUCUGUGUCCAUUUAGCUGAUGUGUAAAUGACAUCCAUACACGUGUCUUGUCACUUGACUGCAUGCUGUGUGUUGCGUAUCGACUGAGUAACGUUAAGCAUCGUGUUUUUCUUUUAAGGUCUAAAGUAAGUAAGACAAGGAACCCAUGGUCUGACCACAGCGAACAUGGGCUCUGGCUUUUCCUUUGGAGUUGGCUGAAAUUUGGACUCAUGCUCCAUUUGUACAGAUCAAGUGAGGAACUGGGGAAGCAAAUGUCACUUUUCCACUUUUUAUUUUAUAUUGUUUUGUGUCCAUUUACAUUUCCAGCGAUGGAAGUGUUAUUUUUACUGUACUUUUUGGUACCUUUUUGAAUCUAAUGUAUUGUAUGGUUGUAUUUUACUUGUCUACUGGAUUUACCAACACGCAGGAGCUGGGGCUUUUAAAGCUCAUGAAAUAAAACAAUUUUGCUUAUUUUCCUUUUUGGUGUUUCUAGAUGUUUAGUUACUUUUUAUUUUUCCCUCCCGUGCUGGAUGAGAGUUGCAUGGCUUGGGAUGUGGGGUGACGCAGGAUAAGGGAUUAAAAUAAUCAAACGAUAUCAUUGUAAGCGUGUUAAGUGAAUGUUUGCAGUUGGCAAAGUAGACGAAAACAACCAGCAUUUCUAAUUUCGUUUUUCUUUUUGGCUUUUAAGGAAAUUCUUCCCCCUUUUCAUGUUUGCAAUUUUAAGUGGCUUUACUAGUUCAAUGAUAUACCCCGAAGCGCAAGCUUGUUAAUGUAAGAGGGCACUCCCUCUCUCACUGGAAACUCAUUCCUCUAGUGUCUUGGGCAAAUUGGUAGAAAUAAAUUUUGUUUAUAUUACACACGGAUCCCUUUGUUAUUAUUUGUAAAACUAAUGUUAAAUGUUUUUGUACUGUUAAAUGGCUUGCGUGUUCUGGUAAUGCUAAAACAUGGACGGCUGGUAAGCAACAGAGGGCUUCACCCCUUGGCCGUGGCUUAGGGUCCCCUAGCUCUGUGGCUGACGGGGCGGGUGUUGGUGGGACACUCGGGUCCUGAAAGGUUUGACGGUAGUGCUCUGGUAAGUGCAUAUCCCAAUGACUUAUCUUAAGAUCCCUUACAAAGGGAUCUUAAUUCUGAGUGGUCAUUUUGGGGGGGGGGGGGAAUGCCAUGGAUGGAAAAGGUGAUGUCAGGGUAAUGAGGUAUACUUACUUAAACAAAGACAAUAAUACAGUAUUUCGAUAUUGUUUAAUAUUUUGGCAUAACCAGUUGACAUUUCCUGGAUCUGCAGUAGUUAUCCUCCUGGGUUCUGGAUUACUUUGGAUUAAGGUUAGGGAAUGACCACCGGCAUGUCUGAAGAGAACAAAACAAAUCAUGCAUUACGGUUACUCAGUUUGAUCACAGUAUUCAUCUAGAGCUUCCUGCUCCCCUUUAUAUUUAUUGAAGAUUUGUUUAGAAGUGUUAAAUGAGAUGAGGAUAGUUGUUACACUUUUGCCAAAGUGAAAAAUACAAGAAUAUUUAAUUACUUUUGUUGAAACAAAGUGAGGCAUUACGUAUAUUCACAUUUCUACCUCUGAACCUUCUGAAUGUGACCAUCGAACAAUGUCUAAUGCUAUUAAAGUUUUUCUACAGGUUUAUCGAACAUUAGAUGUCUUUAUUUUUUCUCGAGUUGAGAUUUUUUUUAUAUAACUAGGGACUGGUGAUAGUUUUAGACUAGAUCUGCAUGAAGGUUUAUUACGAAGGUUUUAAUGCAGUCAUUGAAGUAAUUUAACUUCCUCACCAGUGAGUACGUGGUCAAUCUUCUGCGCCACGAGGUCUGCGUCUGCUAUGCUGAAGCACAUGGGGGGCUUGAAUUUGAUCACACUCUCAAACGGGCCAUCUGUACUCACAAAGAUCCUCUCCUCUCUUAACCUGUACAAAGCAGACUCAAUGUUACGCACUUUCCCAGUGUGGCUAUUGAAACCAAACCAAAGACGUACCGUUGUAUGUCAUCAACGUUAUGUGGUCCUAUGCAAUGUUUUUUCAGAGUUGUGUGCAUAUGAACUAAAAGGUAAAAACUUGUAAACACUUGCUCUGUGGUGAAACUAACACUAAUCCCCACCUUUUGACCACUGCUGCCGCGACCUCAGUGGCGGGAGUCCUUAGCUCUCGGUCGACCACCAGCUCCAGACCCAGAAACAGCCCUACCCCACUGUUAAGUAAACGUUAUGGCAUUAAUAUGGGCUGUUGAUGGAUAACAUUAACUGGAAUACUAUGCUAUACUCAGUAUAGCAUACUGAAUAGUGUCCACUAGAGGGAGCAAUGAUACAGUAAUGGCCCUGUGGUAAACGCUAAGAGUUCAGUGUCGCUUUUCUUAAUUGGAUCCAUAAUGAGAAUGGAGAAUUGCUGUGAUGUAUGAUUUCCUUG